AGACAAUUAAUUUGAAAUUUAUUAAAAUAUAAUUUCAGAAAAUUCUUUAGAAUCAUUGAUUAACUCAAGUUUUAUCACAUGUAAUAUUUUUCAUCUUUCUUAUAUAUUUAUAAUAUAUUGUAUUGAGCAAAUAGUGUAUCGAAGAAAUUAAAAUUUCUUUUUUCAGAACAAUAUCAUAUCACACUUGACACAUAAAUACUAAGUAAAUAUUUAGCGCUAAAAACUACUAGACCUUCAAGAGAGAUAUUUUUAAAGCUGAAUAUACUUAAUAGAAGAUUAACCACAGUUUUAUUACUUAGAAUGAAAAGAAGGAUGAAGAAGAAAAUUGAUUCGUUCAUCAUAUCCGUAACUCACCCGCACAUAAUCCAAACAACGAUUGCCGUCACGUCGAAAAACAUUUUGGAUGACCGCAAAGAGACCCUCGCCUCUCGCGGUCUUGAAGGUGAACGUGCAGGUCUGAUUGUUCUUCACGACCCAGCGAUCGAACAUGUGACGGGCCGAGACAAUCGCCGCGGUACCAUUCCGCAGAUCAUGCUGGUGCCUCUUGUUCAGCGGAUGACAGAUCUUGUCAUUCUCGAGAGCAUCUACAGGAGGAGAGCACACAAUAUUUUUUUUUAAUUUAAUGUGUUUUCAACCAAUUUAAUCCAAUUAUAAUUAUUUCCCUAAUAUUCGUAAGAUAUCCUCAAGAUGUUCUCUGAAGGCGUUCAGGGCCUGCGUUUCAAAACGUCCUCUUCGAAGAAAAUUUUACUUAAAAAAAUCUAGUACAUUAUAUAGAUUGUCAGUAAAAUUUUCCUCGAAGAGGACGUUUGGAGCGCAACCCAGGAUGUGUUAGGACUCUUGGAGAACGCACGAAAAAAAGUGAGGUUAGAAAUGAGACAUGUGUCAUGUAAAUCUUCCAACUUACAAUCGUUGUAAUUAUCGUGACGUGUACACGAGCACAGAUGCGCGAUCGCGAUCAGGAGGUAGAGGAUGCUCGACGAGGAGGCGCGUGGCUGGACCAUGUUUUUUUUUCUUUCCGGGGUGCGACUCGCGCGCGAGGCCCGCAACUGUCACAAAGCCAUAUAUGUAGAACGUGAGAAAGACGCACGAUGACGAAACGCCGUUCACUCUUCUCCUCCGCCGCGCUCGCAGAGAGCUUCCGCGAGGAUUAUCUUCAGGGAAUUAUCGAGCAAAAGCGACGCCAGGAACGCGAUUCUGCGACUUCGCUUAACUGAGACCGAGAAAUGCGUCGCCCCCUCCUUGGAGGAUGCGACCAAAACAAGUCGUGACGUCACUCAAGGACGUCUGGAGCUCUCGAGAGUCGCGAGGUUUCGAGCGAUCGAGACCUCGAACUCGAAUGACGUCAGCGGGUCAGCGCGCUUCUCGCAGCAACUUCACUUUGGUUUAGAGGAGAAACGACGAGACGAGAGGAAUAUUUAUUAACAUAAUUAAGGCGGAAAUGAUGGGCUGCGAGGCCCCGAAUGGGAAAAUUCACGUGGAGUUCGGCGAGGUGGAGACUGGAGCCGCAGCUGUCAAAUGGAUUGAGAUAAUCAACGAAAGUUGCGUGGAACAGAUUUACGAAGCUCGAAGAGACGCCACUACGAAUCCUCUGGACCACGUGUUCGAAUUGUGCAGCUAUUCCUGGACUUUGCCUCCCAGCCAAGUAUACAAGUGCAAAAUAUACUAUCGACCGUUCGUGCCAUUUUCGGUAAACGUGGAUUACUUUACGAUCGUGGAUUCCGUGGGCGAACGAGUGGAAAUUAGGAUUCGUGGAACGUGUAUAGGACCAAUAAUUUCCUCGUCGUCAACGAGAUUAGUCAUGAUAUGCACGAACGAGAGUUAUGAAACGAAGAAGCGGAUCAGGUUUAUUAAUGAUUCGAAAACCACGGCAAUUUUUAUGUUUGACAUCGAUCUGGCGCAAAGAUCAUUCAAAGUCGAUCCGAAGCAAGGCUACAUCGGACCUCAUUCUCGGAAAUAUAUAACUAUCACUUUCACACCUCAGAAAGCUGGAAUCUACACAUAUCACUUGCCGUGUUUAAUUCUGAAUCACAAACCGAUUAUUAUAGAAGUAUACGGUUACUAUAGCUCGACAUUAUUACGUAAAACAAAUAUAAAGAAUCGCUUUAAUUACCCUGCGAGGUUGAAGAAUGGCUUUGAAGGAUACACAAGUGAUACUAUCGUCGCUGCGCAAGAUUUGCCUGCGAUUUCAUUAUCGAAAAAUUACAUCGAUUUUGGUCAAGCUAAUUUGAUGACAGAUAAUGUUACGCAAAUAGUUUCGGAAACUCUAUGCCUUACUAAUCACACACGGUCUGACGUAUUAAUUAAAUGGGACCAAGAUGUUGAAGAAAUUUUUUGUAUAACACCUGCUAUCGCGAAAGUACCAGCGUGUCAAACAGUUCUGUUCGAAGUCACAUUUAAUCCCGACAAAAGAAGUAAUUUAUACGCACGAGAAUUCGUCGGAUAUGUUUUUACCGAACAGCAAGAAGAUCUCCCUUAUGAGGAAACCCUUAUAUUUCCUGCAAUCACAUCCGUACGAUUAAUCGGUCAUUCGUUUCCUAUUUGUUCUGAUGGUUGGAUUCCCCAGUACGAAAUACCUCACAUAGUCAAAAUGCCUCCUUGUUUACCGUCAUUUCCGGUUUAUACCACGUUCUUGAUAAAAAAAUUCGGACACUUGCCAUUGAUGUAUCGAUUUAUACCACCAACAUCGAGCCACUUUGUCGUGAAACCGAUGAUGGGAAUAAUUCAUCAAGAUUAUCAAAUUAUUGUAGUCGGCAUGUUACCCGGAACUGACAAUGAACGCGUUUACGUGGAACGUUGGGCAAUACGUUUCAAUGGAAAUACAAAAUCGGAAUGUUUCAUAGAUUUUCGUGGAUUCGCGGAAUAUGCUAAUGCCAAUUUUAGCGAUCAAAAUCUUGUGAAUUUUGCACCGACGUUUCCUUUUUGCCAGGAAUCGCAGCAAUUCUGCAUGCGAAAUAUUACUCGACAUACGUUAAAAUACGAAUUUAUUAACGCGGCACCUGAACUCCGAAUUCAAAAUAAAAAUAACGUAAUUUACUCUAAUGAUACCGUCAUUCACGAAUGGAUAUUUUGUCCUACCACAAUUGGAAAUUAUGAGUUUGACGUAAAAUGCAUUUUAAUUGUGUUAAAAGACGAAAUUCCCAUUGGUCCCACCGUUUGCAUAAAAUUACACUUGAUAGGAAGCUGCGAGUCUGGCUAUCUUGUGUCAGCGCCCGACGAAUUAAAUUUCGGAGUUCAGAUGUACAAAGCUACAAAAGAAUUAAAUUUUCAUAUAUUUAAUUUGAGUCCGGUAAAUAUCCAUUACAAGAUAACGUGUAGCCAUUGUAAUUGGCCGAUUGGAAACAUAGAACGCGAUGUAAAAAUACAGCCGAAUGUGGACACCGUUUUCGCCGGACAAGAUAAAAUAAUCACGGUUUCUCUUACACCAACCACACCGGGAUAUUACGAACUUUUUGUUCAAUAUUUUGUGAGACUAAAUCUUCAUGCAGAUGCAUUAAUUCCGAACCAGAUGCCAAGAAAGAUCUGCAAAUUGCGCUCUUUAUGCGUGUUACCCACCUUAAAAGUGAUUGAUUUACAAUGUUACGCGCCUUUUCCGGUUGUGAGCAAAGCUUUUCUUUGGAAGCUGAUGAAAAUUAAUGCCUUCAAUACGUUACUUCGAGAUGUACAAACGGAAACUUCACAAACACUGUAUGUCAAAUUUCUGGCGAUGGCCUUAAAUGAAAGUCCUGUUGUUAUAAAAUUUUUAAGAAACGUAACUGCAGUGACUGCUUCUUGGAAUAUUAAAAGAGUGCAGCUUUGUUCUUGUCGACCUAUUACGAAAGGCUUCUCGUUGCAACGUGCGAAAUACGAUUGUUUGCACAGAAAAGUGUGCUCUGUGCAACCAAAAACGGGAAAUCUUAAACCAGGGGAAGAAAACUGGAUAACUCUAGAGCUGCGUUAUAUAUUAUUAGGAAAGACCGAAUCAAAGUGGGACUUGGACCUCGGGAAUAAUCGUCAUAUUUUUUUACUCAUGACAAUAGAAGGAUUGUCCGAUUCUGAUAACAAGCUUCAUCUUUUAAACGGCACGCGUUUUAAAUUUCAGCAUAUUUACUUGGGAGACAAGAGUCCUAUUUAUCAGGGUAGAUUAUGUCUGACUCUGGGUGAUGAAGAGGAAGAAUUGAUAUUGGAAGGCGAAUCUUCCUUGCCACAUAAACCAGUAACACUUGGAGAAUAUAUACCAUCCGAAUGCAACUACGAAGAUGACGAUGAUAUUCCAAUUUAUUUUAAUGCUGACUGUAUAAAUAUUUCACACAUAGCUACGCAUCGUCACGUAGUAAGGAUGAUUAUGAUGCACAAUAAUUCAAUACACGACGUACUCGCUUAUGAAUGGAAGAGAAAUGAGAUUCCUGGAGUAAUUCACGUCGAAGUUUACCCACAAAAAGGCUUAAUAAAACCAAUGGCUGUUAAAACUUUUCGCAUAACUAUAUACACCAAAGAAUACCCUUGCGUGAUUGAUAUUAAUAUACCAUGCGAGUUUAUUAAUGCCAGCCAAAGACGAACUUAUCAGAGAAAUGUGUACAAAUUAGAAGAUUUGUCUCGAGAAUUAGAAGAGCAUUUUACUAUUACAGAAAAAGGAGUCAAUAUUCCAAAAUCAUCGAUGGAAGUUUUGGAGAAGCCUCAAACCUUUUAUAAAACUAUAACGAUUCGAUGUUCUAUAUACAGCUUAGAAGAUAAAUUUCUAAAAAGUAAUUUAAUGAAUGAAUUAACAAAUGCACCUCCAGAAGGAAUAUGCAUCGAGAAAAAUGAUAAACAAAUGUUAACAUAAAAAGAAGAUAUUAGUCGGUCUUUAUUUAUUAUAGAAGGAUUAUUAUGGGAAAUAGUCAAUAGUAAAGUGUUUAAAAAUAUUAUACAAGAUGUUUUGCAGAAUGAAUCAAAUUUGUUUUAUUCGCAAUUCACAGUGAAUUUACAUGAGAAAAAAUUGAUACAAAGAUCGUAUAUUUCACCACCACGAGCAUUAAUUAAUCAUAUAUUGGAAAGAAUGUUAUUCAUCAUAAUGCACGAAGAAUUCGCUUUAAAAACCAUACAUCUAUUUCAGCACAUAGAUAUCAGACAUAAAGACUAUUUGAAUAUGGUAUCUGGCAUGAAUAAAAGAAAAACCAAACAAGAGAUACGAUUGUUACGUCCAAGGGAGGAAUAUCCUUAUGUGGCAUCAAGAUUAGCAUCAAGAAUAUCUUUCGCUGCAUGAUGAUAGUCAGAUAUUAUAAUGUAUAUAUACAAUUAUAUACAACUGCUGCUGCUAGCUACUUGCAAUGUAAGUAUCUGCAAUCCUUCUGAACACAGCCAGGAAUUUAUUUCCUUUAUUCCUGGUUACUUUCUGACCUUCUUCAGUGCUUUCGUAUAAUUUUUCCACUACAGGAUCGGUCGCCUAUAUUAACACAAAAUUUGAUUUAAUUUAUAUUACCUAUGUAAAAAAAUAGCUACAAAUACUGCCAACACUUACCAAAUCCUGCUUAGAAACUUCUUUAAACAACGGGUGUUCUUGAAAGUGUUGAACUAUCCAUUCAUGCAAAUCUUUCACGUCUGUUACAGUGUAUACAGUUGCCUAUAAUAACAAAAAGUUGUCUCAAUUA